GGGGUGUCAUUACAGCUGGCUUCUCUUGCCCCCCACCCCAGACCAGCGGCUGUCGUACGCGGUGGCGGAUGUGGUGCCGGCCACCCGCUGGCGGGAGUUGGUCCGGCGCCUGGGCCUGCCGGACGCGCAGAUCGAGCGGGCCGAGAUGGAGGCCCGGCCCAGCUUCCGGGAGGCCCAGUACCAGAUGUUCCAGCUGUGGCGCCAGCGGCAGGGCGGGGCGGCCCCGCUCCAGCUCGUCUACCGGGCCCUCCGUGACAUGGAGCUCAACUCGUGUGCGGAGCAGCUGCAGGAGCGGCUGCAGUGAACUCCCCUCCCUCCCCGGGACGCACCGACCGACCCUCCC